UAACCCCAAAGCCCUAUCUCUCUCCAAAUUCACCUUCUCUUUCUACUUUCUUUCUCUAUACGUUCCCUUUCUCCGCAUCAUUCACCUGUUGGCAAACUUUCUAUCUCCUUUCUGUUUCGGCUUCUAGGGUUUCCCUUCCGUCAAUUCAUCUCUCUUCCCUCUUAUUCCUUCAAUCUCCGCCGUUUGUUUGUCUCCUAUUCUUUUAGGGUUUCAUAAAUUUUGAUUUGGUUCCGGUUUAGGGUUGUCUCAAAUCUUCGUCAAUGGCGCCAUUGAUCAGGAGGGAUGCGGAGAAUUCCGAAGUGCAUCCAUUCAGUCUGUGGGUGGGUAAUGUGGGGAACAGCGUUACGGAGUCGGAUCUGCUGGCGGUAUUCUCGAGGUUCGGUGCGUUGGAUUGUUUUAUCUCGUAUUCGUCGCGGAGCUUUGCAUUCGUGUACUUCAGGCGGGGCGAGGAUGCUAGAGCGGCGAGAGAGGCUCUUCAGGGUAUGGUCGUUCUUGGGACUCCGAUGAAAAUCGAGUUUGCGAGACCGGCCAAACCAUGCAAAAGCCUUUGGGUGGGUGGUUUUAGCCCAUCGACCACCAAAGGAGAGUUGGAAAAUGAAUUUCUGAAGUUUGGUAAGAUUGAGGACUUUAAGUUUUUCUGGGACCGUAACUCUGCACUUGUUGAGUAUGUCAAGUUGGAAGAUGCGUCACAAGCCUUGAAAGGACUUAACGGAAAACAAAUAGGUGGUGCCAUGAUACGUGUUGAUUUCCUUCGAUUACAGACUUCAAGAAGAGAACAGGGGCCUGAAUUCCUUGAUACCAGGGAUGGGCAGUUUUCUAGUAGGACCACAGGACAUCUCAAUUCAGCAUGGAUGCCACAGGAUUCUAUUAUAAAUUACUCUGAACCUUAUUCUGGCUCUAAAAGACAGCAUUCAUCUCAAUCUUCUGUGAUCCGCAAAGGUGAAGGACAACCCAGUAAUGUGCUGUGGGUGGGCUAUCCUCCUUCCAUUCAGCUUGAGGAACAAAUGCUUUAUAAUGCAAUGAUCCUUUUUGGAGAAAUUGAAAGAAUAAAAAGUUUUCCAUCAAGGCAUUAUUCGUUUGUGGAAUUUAGAAGCAUAGAUGAAGCAAGGCGGGCUAAAGAGGGCCUGCAGGGCCGCCUUUUCAAUGAUCCAAGGAUAUCUAUAAUGUAUUCUAGUAGUGGGGUUGUACCUGGAAAAGAGUAUAAUCCAGGAAUUCCAGAAUCAAGACCAGAUACAUUUGUUAAUGAACUUCCUUUUCGACAUGUAGAUGUAUUUAGUCCUAAUGGUCCAAUGGUUUCAAAUAACUUUCCUGGACCAUCGCCGCCUAGUGGUAUUCUUGCAUCAAAUGUGAUGAGGACUGUUGGUUCUCAUGAACCUCCACGAUCAGGCCCAGGACUCAAUGAGUUGGCUGCACUUCGUAAUUUUCAGGAUACUAGUCCCAAUAAUCUGAUGGGUCCAAAUUGGAGAAGGCCAUCACCUUCUACACUUGGGAUGCUCCCUUCUCCUGUACCAAGCAUUAGGCCAUCUGUCAGACCUGUGUCUGCUGCCUGGGAUGUAUCAGAUGCAAAUCAAUUUCAGAGGGACUCUAAGCGAUCAAGGGUGGAUGGUGCUGUAUCAAUCAGUAAUCCUUCCUUCCCGCUGAGGAAGAGUGAUGAUCUAGGGCUUGGCUUGGAUGAUUUAUAUGGUCAGCAUGAUGGAAGUGCUUCUAGUUCAUUUUCCAAUAUCCAGGGGAAAAAUCGAUCUGGUCUGGUUGAUCCAAGGCUUACAAAUGCUGUAGCUGCUCAGAGCCAUUCUGGUACAGAUUACAUAUGGCGUGGCAUUAUAGCUAAGGGUGGAGCUACUGUGUGUCAUGCACGAUGUGUUGCUAUUGAGAAAGGAUUGUCGUCAAAACUUCCUGAGAUUGUCAAUUGCUCAGCUAGAACUGGCCUGGAUUUGCUUACUAAGCACUAUGCUGAGGCAGUUGGAUUUGAAGUGGUUUUCUUCCUGCCUGACAGUGAAGAUGACUUUGCUUCAUAUACGGAAUUUCUUUGCUAUCUGGGUUCAAAGGAUCGUGCUGGUGUUGCUAAACUUGAUGAUGGGACCACCUUAUUUUUGGUGCCUCCAUCUGAUUUCCUUUCAAAAGUUUUGAAAGUUUCUGGCCCUGAACGCCUGUAUGGUGUGGUUCUUAAAUUAGCCCAACAAGUGCCUAGUGCUGCAUCCAUGCAGCAACAAUCACAUAGGCCUGUUCCUUCAUCUCAAUACAGUGAUAGACAGCAGAUUCCUCCACAUGUUGAGUACAGUCUGAUCCCUCAGAAAGAACGGGUUCUGCAUAUGGAUCAUAAUAGUAGCAUUUUACAUGAGGACUCCUCACUUUCUCCAAAGCUGCGUUUGCCUUCCACCAGCGAGUCCCUUGCAACUCAGUCAAUUUCUCAAGAUCGUGCAUCGUCUAAUACAGCAGUAGUGUCUCAAGCUGGGCUUACUUUGACACCUGAACUAAUCGCCCAUCUGGCUUCAUUAUUACCUGGCGGUAUGCAGUCUUCUGCUUCAGUAAGUGCUCCGCAAUCAUUAGGCUCCUCUAUUGCAAGACCUUCACUUCCUCCCUCUGUUGCCCCUGAUAGAGGGACUCUGUCCCAGGGGCGGAAUCAAGAUCAUCAAACACCUCCCUCUCAACAGUCUGGGAAUCAGUUUCAUCCCCAGGCCCAACCUCUUCCUCAGUUCCAGAACUACCCAACUGUGACACAGACACCUGGCCACACUGCACUAGCAGUCCCUGAUGGCCAGAUUCAAGAUAAUACUUUCAACCUCCCUCAGUUGGGUACAAUUUCUUCUAGGCCAUUGACCAACUUGCCUGUCCCUUCACAAAGUGGACAGUUUGCUGUCUCCCCACAGGUCAACCAGCAGUAUCAGCUAGAAAUUCAUCAGAAUAGUCAGAAUGCCUAUGGGAUGGGCCGGGCUGAUGGUCCUACUACCUUCUCAAGUCAGGUUGAUGGUGCUUCAAACAGAGUGAAUCCAGCCUUGCCCAAUCAAGUGCAGCAGCUCCAAUCCAUGAUCAAUGGAGCUGGUCAGUGGUUAUCAGAUGAUGAUGCGGAUAAGAGCCAGCGGUAUCAGUCAACCAUACAGUUUGCUGCUGACCUCCUUGAGCAAAUAAGGAAGCAGCAACAACAAACUAAUCAAGCAGAGCAGUGGCCUGGAAAGCAGCAAUGAGAAUUGCAUCUUCAUCUAGGUAAUUCCUUUUGCCAGUGCUGGUUUUCUCUGAAUGGUGAGUCUAUCUUUAGGGAAAUAUUGAUUUCUGCUAUAAAUGUGGUUAAUUUUGUAAUAAGCUGGCUGUGUGUUUUGAAAUGUUUGCAUCAAAGAUGUCAUAGUUACAUGUUGCUUCCUCAUCCAUGUUGUAGGUGUAGUCAGCAUUUUCAUGGAAAUUGAGUGAAGUUCAAAAUUUAUUUCAGGCUUUAUAUGCCAGCUGCAAAUCUUUGUUAGCUGUUAAUAUCUUUUUGGAGUUUUUGGUCUGAUAAUGAGAUCCUAGAAUGGGAGUGUAGGAAUGAGUAAUUUACACUUACUUUUGGGAAUAUCCUUUCUCUUUCAUGAAUUUUCUGAGGGAAAUUUUAUGGGAAAGUAGUUUGUGGUUGCUUAGAAGUUUUGAGAUGUUUUGGGACGCUUAAAAGGGAAGUUCCUGUCUGUAGAUCUGGUCAGGAAAAUGGUCUAUGAAGUAGUUUUGGCAAGUGUUCCAAAAAAGUAUAGGACUGAUGGAUCUUAUUAUGAUUAAUUGGAAUUAUGACCUGAUGCAAAAUUGAUGGCACUUCUCAUGAGUAGAAUUUCUUGUUUGAACUAUGGCCCCUUUGGUAUGACAGAAUGUUAAGUUGAAUAUUUGUGGCUUUCCAUGUACAGGGUUCCAUUUCUUGGGCGGCUAGAGUUCUUUGAUAGAAAAUUAUGUUUUUAUGCUUUUGGAGUUAAUUCUGUUGCAAGGAUGACUUGUUUGUCAGACUAUGUUCCUUGAAGUUGAUCUAUUCUCUCAAUAUCUAGGUCUUGCAUGUUAUAGCUAAUAGUAGCUAACUUGAGAUUUUUUAUUGGAUCUCUGUAUAUUCAAACUGUAACGUUUUAUAUAAUAGAUGUUUAGAUGCUUAUUUUUGUGCUACAUCACAAAACUACAACACUUGAAGCCAAAAUCUCUUGAAACAUGUCUAAUGAAUUGUAGGAGAAAUAUUUUUUCCAUUUAUUUAUGAGAACACGCACUAACAGAGAGGAAAGAAAAGGAGAGAACAUUUACAAAAAUAGAUGAGAGACCUUUCAGUUGAACGUACAGGAAGCAGUACAAGAAGCAAAUGGGGAAAAGGCUAAGAUAACCAAUAACAAGAACUCCUAAGAACUUUUUGAUGCUGCACAUCCUAGAGUUGUGAGAUAACAUGGUCUCUCCCAACUUUCUUCCAUUGAUCUGCACUUGUUCUAAAAAAUCUUGGUGUUUCUUUUAAGCCAUAUAUAAUCUAUAUAAUAGCAAGGACAACCCCUUUCUACACGGCAACUCCUUUAAGGCUUUUACCCAACCCUAGGAAAUAGAUAACUAUCAUAUCUGCAAUCCCUUCCAAUCAAAAAAAAAAAAUAUCUGCAAUCCCUCUCAGAAGAGUUCAUGCAAUAUCUGCUUUAAAGAAUAACCUACACCAAAUUUCCAACGCAAAGGAGCAAGGGAGGAAGAGAUGGCUUGUAGAUUCCCCAUUUCUCGUACAAAGAAAGUAACAAUUGUAGCCAAUGGAUUUAUAAGGCAUCAUGUAAUGGUGCAAAUCGUUAUCUUUGUAACUUGAUACUGUAAUGGAGUUUUUGACUUACAGAUGAACUUGGCUUUAAGGAACAAAAUCAUGGGGUUAAAUUUACAUAGAAAUGAAGAAAGACUUGGAUGAGGAGAGUUCAUCUGAAUUUGGGGUCCAAACCCUCUUGUUUGGAGUAGAAAAUGAAAGAGAAACACUUUAUAAACAUAAAGGGAAGAGAGAUCAUCAAUUUCUGGUUCCCUUGAGUAUCAGAAAAAAUCAAAAUCUUUAGCAAGGGAGUUAUUUGAUAAAGAUACCUAUCAGAAAAAAAAAAGAGGGAAAAGAGAGAGAGAGAGAGAGAGAGAGAGAGAGAGAGAGAAGAAGGUAUAUGCUUCAAUUGGGACAGUAGAUGCAGUUUUUGGCUGUAAUCUAGUGGUUUUCUACAGGGGGAUAUCUAAUGUUUAACUUGAUUCCAUGUGGUUAUCCUUUUAAGCCUAUUAACCACCUUUGUGUUGUAGGAUUAUUGGAUCUUGAGUUUAUAUAUUUUAUGAAGGAUUGGGUAGUGUAGAAUGCAAUUUUUUGGUGACCAAGAAGAUAUCUUUUGCCAGGAGUUUGCUAUUUUUAAAUGUUAUCUGCUGGUUCUCUUUGCAAUCUUUAAAUAUUGAGAUACGGGUGAACUUUGGAUUGCUUUUAUGUAAUUUGGAGAUGGGUUGCAAAUAAUGGUUCAUGAGUUUUAUGGGCUUAGAAGCAAUGAUAUACAGCAGUUUGGUGGCCUCAGUUCCGAAAAUAUCAUCUUGUGGAAUAUCUUCUGAUAUCUCUUGGCAAUAUUGGGGUUAUGGGUUUAUGGUUUGGCAGGCGAAUUUAAGGUUUAUUUUGUAAUCAAGUGCUGCAUAGAAUUGCUUUUAGGGAAGUAAAUGGUUAAUAGGGUUGAAGUGAACAACUGUUGGAGCAGUAGAUUUGCAGGAUGCUUUGUGAAGCAGCUGUUCUAUGUGGUGGCUUGUUCACCAAGUUUUAGUUGACAUGGAUUAUAUUACACAUAUUGGAAAAGAUCAGAAUACCUUUUUAACAAUUUGAGUCGUUUCUAAUUUGAUUCUUUCAUAGUUCAGCCUUAGAAAUGUUUGUAGUGCAGUUGGUGGCCCUAGCUUGGGAUGGAGCUUGUCAUUUCUUAUAUGCUUUUGUUGUGUUGUUUCUAAUUUGAUGUGCUAUGUGUUCAAAUGUUUGGUGCACUUGUCUGUGUUACUAUUGAAUUUUAACCAUGUUAGUGGUCUCUUUCUAUGAUUUUGUUCUGUUGGUUUUUAAAUUUAUGGACCAUCUGUUCAAUUAUUUCAUGCGCUUGUCCAUCUUCUUAUGUUUAUCAUGGGACAUUUUCUUCAAAUGUGCUUUCACUUUAGUCCAUCUCCUGGAUUAUCAUGUACUUUGCUCUUUCAUGUCUAUGGUGUUCUUCUUAUUGGAUGGAUUAAUUUUCUGUCUUGAAUUUAAUAUUGGCAUUCUGUAGCUCAUGCUUAUGGGUAUAUGCAUAGACUGACACUCAAAACACUCACCCACUCAUAUAUUACUUUAGCAUUUACUGUGGAGAUUUUUUGUACUAGUGCUUGCUCAUUCACUGUUUCCUUUAAUAUGAUUGUACUGCAAUUGGUCUUAUUAGUUAUAUUUCUUUGAUGUUAUAUAGCUUGCUGUUAUUUCUUAAAAGCUUCUUGUAUGUUUCUGGAGCUGUUUAUUCAUACUAGGAUUUGGUGAUUUAGAGUCUGUUUAAAGCUUCUCAACCUGUAACUUUGAAUUGUAAUUGCCUUUUGUAAAAAGGUUUCAUUUCUUUAUUCUGAAAAACCAUUGAGAUGA